AUGGGUUGUCUACGCACGACGACCUUAGUCUUCGUACCUCUGCUCGCCGUCCUCCCGGCGAUGUUGUCCUAUUUAGGAGGGACCUUGUCUCCCCAGCGCUUAUGGGUUGUUCUCCGUCAAUUGUCCGUCACCGUGCCUAUCUCAAACUUCAAACACAGCAGGGAUUACACCGAGGAUGAUAUUCCCGAUGAUUUAUCGGGUAAAGUGGUGCUUAUUACAGGAGCCUCGAGUGGUAUUGGUUAUGAGUCUGCCAGGAUACUUGCCUCUCGUGGUGCUAAAGUGGUUCUGGGUAUUCGAGGUGACCGAGAGAGGUUGGAUAGAAUAACCUCCUCUCUAAUACUACUACCAGGUCAGGUCUUGGCCCCGGCACCCUUGGACCUAUCCAAUUACGACACUAUCAGGACUUUUGUGCGUUCACUACCCAAUGCUGGUAUUGAUCAUCUCGAUAUCAUCAUGUUGAAUGCUGGUAAACUAAUUACUGUAUAUGCCACUGAUGAAAAUGGUAUAGAAUCGGGGCUCGCCGCUCAUCAUCUGGGCCACGCCUAUCUUUUCGAAUUGCUCACACCAAUGCUAUUGAAGAGCUCUGGUGAGAUUAGAGUUGUCGUCACUUCUAGUGCCGCACAUUUGUACACCUAUCCUGAGGGGUUACGCUAUAACGUCACUGCCGAUGCCUUCGCACCAUGGAGGGCAUAUGGCAAUAAUAAGCUGGCCAACAUUAUUUAUACUAGAGAGUUAGCGACUCGUUUGGAAAAGAAGUACCCUGGUAAAUUUGUUGUUAAUGCCGUGCAUCCUGGGGCUGUUGCAACCCACUUGGUCGGAGCUCGUCAAGACUUACCGCAUUUUUUGGCGUAUAACGCGACCGAGGGAGCAGUGUCUGUCCUCCGCCCAGCUGUGGGGAAAGAUGUCACUAGCGAUGGGUACUAUCUCCCAGUAGGAUACCGUGGAGAUUGGCAGAAGGACUCGGCCUACUGGUGGACGUGUAACGAUACUAUGAGGAAGGAGUUUUGGAAUUGGACGGAAGCCAUAUUGAAGAAGGUCCAUGAUGUGGACUGUUGCGUGAGUUGGGCCAGUAGUUAG